CCUUGUUAAGUUCUGUGCCAGGACUCGGUGACCUUCUGAGGGCCCUAUAUAUGCGGCUGUCUUCUGUACCUCGAUGUAGUUUGCACUUAGAAGGCUUUACAAGCAGUUCUUGUGAAAUCUAUUCAUCGUCAUAAUGAAAUACGCCGUGUUCUUCAUCCUCUGCUGCGUGGCGCUGGCGGCUGCUGCCCCCCAGUUCAUCUACCCGGGCCUGGCUCCCUACGCCCCAUUGGGACUGGCACCUAGGACCGUGGUGGCGGGUCCGACGGUGGUGAACGGCCUGACCCCAUACGGCCUGGGAGCCCGCUUCGUGGCCCCCGGUUACAUCGGCACCACCUUCAUCUAAGCCGGCAUCUCCAUCGACACUUAACUUUUCGUGAAUCUUAUUGCAGAGGCAUAAGGCCCUCCCAUUGGAGGGCCUUGUUGCCCAUUGGCAGUUAAGUGUUGUUGUUACUACUCGCGCCCAUUGGUUACACUCUCAUUGUAAAUAUUCGUUUAUCAUCAAUUAAAGUGCUUCCCGUCUAUUUGUUGUUUUAAUGGUCAACCUUUUUCCGUGUUUUUAA